AUGAAAAAAUAUAUAUUAGAAGAAUUAUUAACAGAAUAUGAACAAAAUAAUGAAAUUAAUAAUAAUAAUGAAGAUGAAGCUUAUCAACAAUAUUCAUGGGAAUUAGAUGUUGAUAAAUCAUGGGAACAAUUAAUAGAGAAAGAUGGUAUAUUACAAUUUAUAAAACCACAAACUAAAAUUUAUCAAGAAUUUGAUAUUGAUUAUAAUACUAAUUUAAAACAACAUAAUGUUGAUAUUAUUUAUAAACGUGGAAUUAUUAGGUUCGUUACGGUGUUCUGGAGUAUAAUGAUAUUAUUUGAUAUGAGUGAACAAAUGCAUGAAAUGGAUUUUAAACCUGAUCGUCUUUAUUGUGCUUUUAAUUCUCUUAAAGAAUUUAUGAAUGUAUUAUAUGGAAGUGGACCUAUAACACAAGUUGGUAUAAUAGUAAUGAGGAAUAAGAUUUGUAAUGUGAUUACACAAUUUGGUACUAAUCCUGAUGAACAAAUGGAAUUACUUUCUAAUAUACUUAAAGAUGGUCCUGAAGGUUCUUCGUCAUUACAAAACGGUCUUGAAAUGUGUUUGAAGAUAAUGUGUGAAUUACCAUAUUAUAUGACAAGAGAAAUAUUAAUAAUAUUUGGUUCAAAUAAAACACUUGAUCCAGGAAAUAUUUUAAUUACACUUGAUAAACUUAAACAAAAUUUUAUUACUGUUAAUUGUAUUUCAUUAUCACCUGAAUUAUAUAUUUUAAAGGGAUGUGGUAUAUUUAUGGUAUCACCACCAGAUAUAUCAAGAGCAUUUCAUCAUCUAAUACCACCCAAAUCAUUUCAUAAAAUUGAGAGAAAUAUAAAUUGUAGUGGAUGUAAUUUAAAUAUUGAAAUUGGUUAUGAAUGUCAAAAUUGUCAAGGAAUAUUUUGUGAAUAUUGUGAUAAAUAUAUACAUCAAGAUCUACAUCAAUGUCCAAUCUGUUUAUUUCAACAUUAA